CACGAGAUAAGUUUUGUGCAAAGCGACAACAGGUUUAGUUCUACUAGUACCCUCUCCUUCUCAUUGUCAACGUUAAUUAACGGUUUCCUCUAUUGAACAAUGGCCAACAAGGAUUACUACAGCGGUCAGCAACAACAAUACUACCCACCCCAAGGUUAGUUACACAUCUUUUGGUGUUUUGAUCUCUGAAACCUGAAGGACUGCAGGUCCACCACCAGGACAGGGGGGUUACUAUCCCCAACAACCCCAACAAUCGUACGGAGGCCAGCCUUACGGUCAACCUUACGGCGGACCUGGUUACCAACCUCAACCGCCACCGCAGACAGUUUAUGUACAACAACCUGCUCAGUCCAGUGGUGCUGGUGGAGGCGCUGGCUGCCUGGCUUGUCUUGCUGGUGCAUGUCUUUGCUGCUGUGCUGAGGAGGCACUUUGCGACUGUCUAUUGUAAGACUUGGAGAUUGCUAGCAGGGCUACUGCCCGCUGGCACGGCGCAAUAUUGUCUAGUCGAUGAGAACCCGCUCAUGAUCACGCCGUAUAUGUCGGCCGGAUGCCUUUAUGCUACAAUGGACACGAACCUUUACUUUCUCUCCUUAGUCAUGAGCCAUCCUGAUUUCUAUUCAUUGGACUACGAUACCGUACUUCGUGAUAGUGUCGUUUCUGAAUGACUUUGUGAGGCCUGUGACAUUGUCAUUUUUUUUGUAAAAUUAUUCGUCAGAGAUAUCAUACCCUUUCCACUUUU